UUGAAUUCCCACGUGUCACGCUGAUUAUGAAUUAGUACUCUCAAAAAGAACUCGUUAAUUCCGUGCAAUGGUCAGUCGUGGGGUGGAAAAUUCCUCGUGUAGAUGUAAUUAUGGGUUUUUAAAAAUCGGUAGGAAUUGAGUACUAAUACGUAAUGUGCAUGUGGUCUAUGCUGGCGUAAGUUCUUGAGGAAUGUGUUAGAGCGAAAUUUGAUGACAAAAGUAGUUUUCAUAAAACUGGUAAUCAAAAGCUCAUGCAGAAAGCCACCUUUCCAUGGUCACUAAUGCGAAUUUUGUUGACACAAAAAAAGGGACAAAUUUUUUUGUGUGCAAUGCGCGCGGAUAACAUUCAUAACAUCUGCCAUCAAAAUUCACAACCGAAAAUAAUGGGUUUUUUUAUCGAAAAAUAGAAGAAAAUACAUUCUUUCAGCAUUGACGUUUUUUUGAUUGCAGACAACACACUGUGUAUCUUCUUUGUCUUUUGAAAAUUGUUUUCAGCAAUGUCUGAUGUCAUUGAACAUGACUUAAACAACGUUAAAGUAUCCACCUGACAUGUGGAUUUAAUUCGCGGCCCUGUUGACGUAAAAUGACAUCAAACAUUAAUUGUGAAACUUUAUUGGCAAUUUGGCGCGACGUGAAAUCACCAUUAAUCGAGGCACAAUACUUACUCAAAGAUGAAAAUGGUGCUCUCAUGUGUUGAGAACAAUAGCUGAUCCCAUUUCCACAUUUUCAUGUCAUUGGAGGGUUGCAAAUACAUUUCAAUCUCAUUCAGAAUUUAUGAUAAAUGGGAUCAGCAGCGCAGCGACACUAGUUGUUAAGUUCAUCUCAUGUUUUUCUAUUCCUUUCCACAAUUCUCCACUUUUAUUUCAUGUACAGCUGACACUAAUCAUCCAGUAGCUAUCAUGGCAUCAUUAUUUAGCGCGAGUUUACUUGACCUCGAAUAUUGAGAAUGAUUUUUAUGAUAUUGAUUGAGGACUCGUUUUGACAGCAUCAGUUCACUUUGCAUUGAGGGGUAUUGAUGCAACGUGCGCUAUUCCAAUGAAAUUAUUAACAACAGCUAUUCUGAUUUUUAUGCAGUCCAGCCAAUUUCUUUUAUUCCACAAGAGUGGUCAAGUAUACUGCUGCAGCGCGGCGCUGGCGAAAAUUCAACAGAGCUCCCACGUUCGUCUAUAAAUUCACCCCAAAUACCAUAACUAUAAGAAUAAUUCAUUGAAUUGAAGCAAAACACAUGAAUAUUUGAAAUAAAAACGAAAGGUUUUCACAGAACGAGGUAGCUCUCUUUUAUUCAAAUAUGCAAGCUGACAAUUGAGGGGACGUUUUCUGCUACAUUAUUCACCAUUCCCGAGGGCUCGUCGGUUGUGUCUCAUUUAUUGUUUUCCCAAUUUCUGUUAUUUUUUUUUAUAUUCUUUUAUCAACAACUCGAUCAGCCGCAAUUACUUUUCACACUCAAUGACAACAAUUGGCAGAGAAAGAUCAUUACGAUGCAUGUGAAAUUUAUUUGUUUUAUCGUUGGAAAAGAAGUUAUUGUACGAACAGACGACUAGCAGUGGCUGACGAGUGUAGAAUUUAUCAUUAGGAAGUUGAUAAAACAAUUGAGUAUAAAUUAAAGAAAAAAAGAUAUUUGUGAGGUUGAGAUUGAGGUGGUAGUUUUGGUGAAGAGACAUUAACGCAGCUGUCUUAUUGUUGUGGAUUGAAUGAUCAACUCUAGGAGGGGAGCAUGGAGCAAUGCAAACGUUCUGUAUCCACUGGGUUCCUUCGUCAAAGGGUGCAAAACAAUCUGAAUCUGGUUAAUCAGUGAUACACACAAGUCACUGUCGAUUGUAUUAGUAUGAGAGUGAUUGCUACCCAUAAACGUCAACCUACCGAAUGGGUAAUACGAAGGCAUGCUACCUGAAGGCAAUCGAGACGCGCCCGGACUUUGCUGUUGCCUGGAGCAAUCUCGGUUGUGUCUUCAAUGCACAGGGUGAAAUAUGGCUGGCUAUUCAUCAUUUUGAGAAAGCCGUUGCAUUAGAUCCCAAUUUUCUGGAUGCGUACAUCAAUCUUGGAAAUGUCCUCAAGGAAGCCAGAAUCUUCGAUAGAGCGGUCGCUGCAUAUUUGAGAGCCUUGAACUUGAGCCCCAACAAUGCUGUCGUCCACGGGAAUCUGGCGUGUGUUUACUAUGAACAGGGACUCAUUGAUUUGGCCAUUGAUACCUACAGACGAGCCAUCGAGCUCCAGCCCAAUUUUCCAGAUGCUUACUGCAAUCUGGCCAAUGCACUCAAGGAGAAGGGACAAGUGGUCGAGGCGGAGGAGUGCUACAAUACUGCUCUACGACUAUGCCCCACUCACGCUGACUCUCUCAAUAAUUUGGCCAACAUAAAGAGAGAGCAAGGAUACAUUGAAGAAGCAACUCGUCUUUAUCUGAAAGCCCUCGAAGUAUUUCCCGAGUUUGCCGCAGCCCACAGCAAUCUAGCUUCUGUAUUACAACAGCAGGGAAAAUUGAAUGAAGCACUAAUGCAUUACAAAGAGGCAAUACGUAUACAACCAACUUUUGCUGAUGCCUAUUCAAACAUGGGGAAUACGCUCAAGGAGAUGCAGGAUAUUCAGGGUGCUCUCCAGUGUUACACAAGAGCUAUUCAGAUUAAUCCAGCCUUUGCUGAUGCACACUCGAAUCUUGCGUCAAUUCACAAAGACUCGGGAAACAUUCCUGAAGCCAUUCAGUCUUACAGAACAGCAUUGAAACUCAAGCCAGAUUUUCCAGAUGCCUACUGCAAUCUUGCACACUGCCUGCAAAUUGCUUGUGACUGGACUGAUUACGAAGCUAGAAUGAAGAAACUUGUGUCAAUCGUUGCUGAACAGUUGGAUAAGAAUCGUUUGCCAAGUGUUCAUCCACAUCAUUCCAUGCUUUAUCCACUUUCACAUGACUUUAGAAAGGCCAUUGCUGCGAGACAUGCUAAUUUAUGCAUUGAGAAGAUUCACGUACUACACAAGCAGCCCUUCAAGUACCCACGUGAGGCUGGUCAACGUCUGAAAAUUGGUUACGUCUCCUCGGACUUCGGUAAUCACCCAACGAGUCACUUGAUGCAAUCAAUUCCCGGUCUCCAUGACAAAAACAACGUCGAAAUAUUCUGCUACGCAUUGAGCACCGACGAUGGCACUAAUUUCCGCUCUAAAAUAGCCCGUGAAUCCGAGCAUUUCAUCGAUCUCUCUCAAACCCCAUGCAAUGGAAAAGCAGCAGAUCGUAUUAAUAACGAUGGAAUACAUAUUCUGGUUAAUAUGAAUGGUUACACCAAGGGUGCGAGGAACGAGAUAUUUGCAUUACGACCAGCGCCCAUUCAAGUUAUGUGGCUCGGCUAUCCAGGCACAUCUGGUGCAAGUUUCAUGGAUUAUUUGAUUACUGACGAAGUAACAUCACCUCUGGAAUUGGCUAGUCAAUACAGCGAGAAAUUGGCAUAUAUGCCACACACGUAUUUCAUUGGAGAUCAUAAACAAAUGUUCCCCCACCUGAAGGAGCGUCUGAUUCUGGCAGAUAAGCUGGGACUCAAGGGAAAAGUUGCCGACAAUGUAGCAGUGAUAAAUGCCACCGAUCUGUCUCCAAUGAUUGAAAACACAAUGGUAAAGGAGAUACGUGAGAUUAUCGUUGCAGAUUCGAAGAACAAACCGGUUGAAAUAUCCCUCAAGGUCGCUGAAUUACCAACAACAACUCCAAUUGAAACAAUGAUUGCUUCUGGUCAAUGUCAAAUGUCCGUUAAUGGUGUGGUAGUUCAGAAUGGUAUGGCCCCAACUCCUGUCAACACUAAAACAGCAACUGGUGAGGAAGUGCCUCAGAACAUAGUUAUUACCACAAGGCAACAGUAUGGACUGCCCGAGGAUGCCGUUGUCUACUGCAAUUUCAAUCAGCUGUACAAAAUUGACCCAUUGACCCUUCACAUGUGGGCGUAUAUUCUCAAGCACGUGCCAAACUCAGUUCUCUGGCUUUUGAGAUUUCCAGCAGUGGGUGAGCCAAAUUUACAGGCCACUGCACAGCAACUUGGUCUUGCACCUGGGAGAAUUUUAUUCAGCAAUGUUGCUGCUAAAGAGGAGCACGUUAGGAGGGGACAGUUGGCUGAUGUUUGCCUUGAUACACCACUUUGCAAUGGCCACACCACCAGCAUGGAUGUUCUCUGGACUGGAACGCCUGUGGUUACACUACCUGGUGAAACUUUGGCAUCGAGGGUCGCUGCCAGUCAGCUCAAUACCCUGGGGUGCCCUGAAUUGGUAGCCAGGACACGACAUGAGUAUCAGGAGAUUGCUGUUAGAUUGGGAACUGAUCGAGAGUACUUAAAAGCCAUCCGUGCUAAAGUGUGGAAGGCACGUUCAGAGAGUCCACUGUUCGACUGCAAGAUGUACGCAAUGGGAAUGGAAAUGCUGUAUAAGAGAAUGUGGGAGCGUUUUGCACGUGGUGAAAAGCCAGAUCACAUUGCAGCGAUUGAUAAGAGCGAGAACCAGCAGAAUCAAAAAGUCACGACAGCAUCAUAAAUACGUUACCUCUUCUCUCCUUCUCCAAGAUCUCAUUAACAUUUUUGUUCAUUCACGUACUGAGAGAAUAUAUUUUCGUUCAUUUAUUUCUUACUGUGAGGGGGAAUUCUGGCCAAGAGAGAUGAUUUAGGGACUGCAUUUACGAGUCACGAGGCCUUGGAAUAUAUUUUUUCUCCAUCAAUUCUAGAGAAAUGCCAGUGCCAGGGAGGGCGAUACGCUGGAAACAUCGGGGGAUAUCUUCUUUUUGUAUAAUAGAUUGACGAGACUAGGGUAGACAUUAGAAUUAAUUUACAAUACGUGAUAAUGAGAGGUAAAUAAGUGAUGGAUGGAUUUGAAGGGUUGACCACAGAAUAUGACAGGUUUGAGGUAAUUCAUGGAGAUACGACAAUUGUUGGGUACACGAUUUAAAUUUAAUUUAUUGAAUACUGGAAUAUCCACAUUUUCACUCGUGUCAAAGUGUCGUUUGUCUUUCACUAUUCGAUGAGAGACCCUAAUUUGCUCACUCAAUCUUUCAAUUUUCGAUUAAUCUGUUAUUUUGGGAAUUUCGAGAGAAAUUUGUAUAAACGUAACGAGCAUAAAACUGUUAAUGGGAUAAAGAUUUAAAAUUAAAAAUUGAGUAUUGUAAAUAAGUAAAACAUUAGCUCUACUUAUGUUCAUUGAAUCUUUUUGAUGACAACUUUCGAUUUUAGAGUAGAUAGUGGGCCAUCCUUUGAGAACAUGUGAAAUAAAAAUUUAACCGAGCGUCUGAGAGGUGAGACAAAAUGAUUAUACUAUGUGUAGACAACCCGGCAUAGCUAUGUAAAUCCAGAUAAUAAAUAUAGCAUCUUAAUUACGUGAUGAAGA